AUGCAGUUUUCCUUUGAGCAGAGUGCACCACAGAAAAUAACCCCAGCCUCAAACAUCCACUAUGAGGACUUUUCUAUUCUGUCUUUUAUGACGAGAAAAGAUCAUUACGAGUGGGUGGAGUUGUAUGCUAAAGAACAGUUGUUUUCAUCUGUGAAAUCUUGUCUGAACUAUAAAGGAUUUCAUGAAUAUGGAUUCCACUUAUUAUCACUCACUCCAAGGCCCUUGUUGGAGAUCAGAACAAAUGAUAAUAGACCAAUUCAUUCCCUUCCUUGGGGGAACUCCACGGCCUUGGAGUACUUUCUAAGGUAGGUACAGAGUCCGGGGGGGGGUACUUUAGGAAUUUUUGGGUGGGGAUGUGCCGCUGGGAUCCUGGAACCCUUAGCCUAUACCAGAGCUAGUUCAAGUGAAUUUUGCUACCCUAUACUAGAGUAAACUCCCCCAAUCCCCCCUAUCUUAGAGUUGCUGUUUUUAAAAAACUACUGAGGUUACUACAACAGUCCAGUUAAAACAGAACCGAUUUGAAUUUUUUAUAUUUUGAAGUGGCAAUUCCCGGUUUCCCUAGUCUAGACUCAAAUCUUGACCAACUGAUCAGUUUCCUGGAAAAUGAUAAGCUAUCCUAGACCCAAACUCUCUGAUUUGUAUCCCUGUCCCAGAGUAAACUGCUUGAAAACCAUACACAGCGCACAUACCUAUAUGGCUAUAUGUGGCAGUCCCCCCCCCCCCCCUCCUGGGGUACUGAGGAGAUUCACCCAACCUCGUCCCCAUCAUACAUUUACGCUCUUUAUCAAAAAGUUCACCGAAGGGAUGACAGAAUGAGCCUCAGCUGGGAACUUCUUAGUAUUCAAAUGUUUUCAGCUGGUUUUUUAGAAGGAAAACGGGAGUUCCGUAGCUUAGAAUGCGCAUCAAAGCAAUGGGAUAUUCUAUCUAAGUUCAAAAUUUGAAAGACAAUUCUCCAGAAUUGACCGUUUUGUAGAACGAAAUUAAAAUUGAGAGAUACAUCGCGCUGUCUUAAAUAAAACACGCUAAAUAGGUUUCUAAGGAGGUCUUUUAACAUUGACUUUUUUUAAUUAUCACCCUACAGAACUAUUCCCAAAGAAAUUGAAACAAAGGUUGGGUGUGACCCCUUUGUGAUCGUUAUCGAAGAUAUUGACAACGAAGCAGGCUGCAGCAGAAUGUGUGCUAGCCUGAUUGAGAAGCUCUGCCAAAGCCUGCAGAUGAGGUAA